CUUCUACUAGCCCAUCACUUAACACACACAUACACACUCUAUCUCUCACACUUUUUUUCUUCUUACUAUUUUAGUAUGAAUUUUGUAGUCAUGUGAUGAUUGUGCAAUUGUUAAGUAAAUAUAUGAAGCCUAUGCUAAUUUUCUCUUACUUUUCUUUUUUCUUUUUGGUUGAGCAUCUAUGAUUCUAUUUUAAUAUGUAGAUUUUUUUUAUGUACCUAUACUCUCUGUUCCUCCAUGACUCUGUGUUUGAGUGUGGCUUUGAUAAAUUCUCAUGAGAACUUGCAUUAAUUUUCACAGUUACAAGGAUGAUAGUGAUGGCCCACCAAACUGUUUAAGGAGACAGGUGCAAAUAAUUGUGUGAUUUUUUUAGGUCUCUCUGUCCUUGGAGGUGGUUGGAGAACUCACGAGUUGAACCUAUGAGACUGUGAAAAGGGGUCACUUUUUGAAUAAAGAAUCGUUGAAAGAAGAAGAGUGACAUUAAUGGAGCCACUGAAUCCCAAGUACUUUGAGAGAGUGGUCUCACAGAGAGCACUGCAAAUGGGAAACUCGUUUCCUUGUCAAAUUUGUGUGGUGGGAUUUCUCUGUGGAGUUUGCCUCACCUCUCUGUUCUUGGCUGCUUUGACUUCCUUUGGCACCUUUCAGUUUGGUCCCAUUUCAUUUUCUACCAUGAACAUGGCUAAUUCAUCAGGGAACUCAACUUCUAAUUAUAAUAUCAAUAUGGUUACAAGUGGAGACUGCAAUUUUAAGCUUAAGGAAAAUGAAAGGUUAUUGGACUUUAAGGGUAUUGGAGAUGGUGAUGAUAAUAACAAUGACAGAGUCUCAUUGCUUUAUUCGGCUUGGAGUGCUGUGUUGAAUGAAUCUACAAGUGGAGGAAAUGAGUACUUGUUGAAGAAAAAUGGAAUCAGUAGGUCCAGUUUGCCUAAUGCUCCACAUUUGGAGAAUUGUAAGGUGAAAACAGAACUAUAUGGAAGACUUGAUAAGCGUACCGGAAAUGAGAGCUUCCCACCAUGGACGAGUUGGAAGGGAUUUCUACAAACAUUCCCUGUUGCUGCAUCCAGUGAGCAGAUCAAUGAUCUAAGGCUUCAGGCUGCAUCUGAGGGGGCUUAUCCACCCUGGAUUGCAGGAUCUGAUGAAGAAAACUAUCCCUUGACUAGAAAAGUGCAGCACGACAUAUGGAUCCAUCAGCACCCUUUAAACUGUAGCGACCCGGAUGUGAAGUUCCUUGUUGCUGAUUGGGAGAGAUUACCUGGAUUUGGUAUUGGGGCUCAGAUUGCUGGUAUGUGUGGACUUCUCGGUAUUGCAAUCAGUGAAGGAAGAGUCCUUGUCGCUAACUAUUAUAACCGGGCUGAUCAUGAUGGUUGCCAAGGGUCUUCGCGGUCUAGUUGGAGCUGUUACUUCUUUCCAGAAACAUCUUCGGAAUGCCGUCAGCGUGCAUUUGAGCUCAUGAACAAUGAAGAGGCAUGGAGCAAAGGAAUUGUGACCACAAAGGAAAAUUAUACAUCGAAGCAUAUAUGGGCUGGACCAACUCCAAGAAAGUGGGGUCUUCCAUGGAAUUAUUUGCAACCUACAACUGAUAUAAAUGGGACUCUAUUGGCUUCUCAUAGAAAAAUGGAUAGAAGGUGGUGGAGAGCACAGGCUGUGCGCUAUUUAAUGAGGUUCCCAACUGAAUACACAUGCAAUUUAAUGAAUGAGGCCCGCCAUGCUGCUUUUGGAAAAUUAGCUGCAAAAAUGGUUCUGGAAAGUCUUGGUGGAGAAUGGCCCAAGGUUGAAAGUAAUUAUGACAGGCCAAGUUCUGAUAUUGAUGAAUAUGUUUGGUCCAAUCACAAGCCAUGGGUCCCUAGGCCUCUUCUGAGCAUGCAUGUAAGGAUGGGAGACAAAGCAUGUGAAAUGAAGGUGGUUGAAUUUGAAGAAUACAUGCAGCUUGCUGAUAGGAUUCGAAGGCACUUCCCAAAUCUCAAUAGCAUUUGGCUUUCCACUGAGAUGCAGCAAGUCAUUGACAAAACAAGAGAAUACCCUAAUUGGAACUUCCACUAUACAAAGAUAAGACGCCAAGUUAAGACUAACAUGUCAAUGGCUGAUUAUGAAGCCAGCUUAGGAAGAGAGACAAGUACUAAUUAUCCAAUGGUGAAUUUCUUGAUGGCUGCUGAUUCAGAUUUUUUCGUUGGAGUGUUGGGUUCUACAUGGUCGUUUCUUAUAGAUGGAAUGAGAAAUACUGGGGGAAAGGUAAUGGCUGGGUUCUUGAGUGUCAACAAGGAUAGAUUUUGGUAGAGUAUAUAUGCCUUGUAAAUAUUAUAUUAUUUGUAGCCACGGUAAUAAUGUGAUUCUUUGUGUAUAUAUUGUAGUGUUAUUACUAUGAAGAAUCAAAAAAACUUGGACCCUGUUCCUUGAAUCUAUUAUUUUUUGCCA